AUGGCCACAGACGCCCUCGAGCUCAUUUCCAUUCGUAGUGAUCUGCGUCCAGCUGUCCUCGGUGCCGUUGCUCGCCAGUGUUGGUUGUUGGCUCUCCGGAUCAUUUCGCCCUCUAGCAUCACAUUUUCGAACCUCAGUCGUCGGGCAAGGAGGGCGCAGUUGAACCGUUACCUUUGUGGCUGUGCGAUCCUCGUGAAAAAGUUGGAUAGCGGAAGAUAA